UUACCAAGGUGGGCAUUCCGAAGAUGUCGUUAUUCCGCCGUCGCAGUGUUUAGUCGGAGGGCCGUACACACAUUAUACGCACUUCACCCAAUCAUUUAUACCGCUACUGUUACAAAACCCAUACCAAUUUCACUCAAUUUGUUCUCCUCUUUUUCUUCAUCUCUUUAUUCCAGACCAGAUAUUAUGAUGUGUGCGCGUUUGGAUUAACUCCUCUCCAAUUGAAUUCCUCAUCACGCUUCCUGUAUACAUAGAUUUUUUUUUUCUGGGCGAAAUUUUUCAAGGGUCGGAGCUAGGGCUUGCUUUUUUCUUCUGGCAGAAUGAAGAUUGAAAGUGCGAAUUGUUGAGGAUUGGAGCUCCGAUCUUAGUGUAAAGCUUUGAAAUUUAGGGUUUUAAGUUAUAAAUGGACGUGGAUGCGGCUAUGGCUACAGAGCCCGAUCACGAUCCAUCGGAGCAGCCCGCCACGGCUAAUGGUGGGGACCACACCGAAUCCGAUUCCUCGUCGUCUCAUCAUCAUCAGCAGCAGCAGAGUAGUAAUAGCGAUGAAGCUAAUGAUAGCAGUAUUAGUGGUGGUGCCGGAGGCGCCGCGGUGCCGGGCCCACGCUGGGCGCCUACUUAUACUGUGGUAACCGCUAUAAUGGAGAAGAAGGAGGAUGGUCCUGGGCCGCGGUGUGGCCAUACACUGACAGCCGUACCUGCCGUUGGGGAGGAGGGGACUCCUGGUUAUAUAGGCCCCAGACUAAUUCUUUUCGGAGGAGCCACAGCACUUGAAGGGAAUUCUGGCGCAUCAGGAACUCCCUCGUCAGCCGGAAGUGCAGGAAUUCGGUUGGCUGGUGCCACUGCUGAUGUACACUGUUAUGAUGUUUUGACGAAUAAAUGGUCUCGAAUUACUCCAAUUGGAGAACCACCCACGCCUAGGGCAGCUCAUGUGGCAACUACUGUAGGUACCAUGGUUGUUAUCCAGGGUGGGAUUGGUCCAGCAGGUUUGUCUGCAGAAGAUCUUCAUGUUUUGGACCUUACUCAACAACGGCCGAGAUGGCAUAGGGUUGUGGUUCAAGGUCCUGGGCCAGGGCCUCGCUAUGGCCAUGUCAUGGCUUUGGUUGGUCAAAGAUAUCUUAUGGCAAUUGGCGGAAAUGAUGGUAAACGUCCUUUAGCUGAUGUAUGGGCUCUGGACACUGCUGCAAAGCCUUAUGAAUGGCGGAAACUGGAACCUGAGGGUGAAGGUCCGCCACCUUGCAUGUAUGCUACUGCAAGUGCACGCUCUGAUGGUCUUCUUCUGCUUUGUGGUGGGAGGGAUGCAAGCAGUGUGCCACUUUCUAGUGCAUAUGGCCUUGCCAAACAUAGAGAUGGUCGCUGGGAGUGGGCCAUUGCUCCUGGAGUUUCUCCAUCACCAAGAUAUCAACAUGCAGCUGUUUUUGUUAAUGCACGCCUUCAUGUAUCUGGUGGGGCCCUUGGCGGUGGACGGAUGGUAGAGGACUCAUCAAGCAUUGCUGUUUUGGAUACUGCUGCUGGAGUCUGGUGUGAUACAAAGUCUGUAGUUACUAGUCCAAGGACUGGAAAAUUCAGUGCUGAUGCUGCUGGUGGGGAUGCAGCAGUUGAAUUGACGAGGCGAUGUAGGCAUGCUGCUUCUGCUGUUGGUGAUUUGAUCUUCAUCUAUGGUGGUUUGCGUGGUGGGGUGCUGCUAGAUGACUUGCUUGUUGCUGAAGACCUUGCUGCUGCAGAGACAACUAGUGCAGCUUCUCAUGCUGCUGCUGCAGCAGCAUCCAAUGUACAGCAUGGGAGGUUUCAAGGUAGAUAUGAAUUCACUGAGUACAGAAAUGGGGAACCUUUGUCUGAUGCUGCUGCCGAUGGUGCAGUCGUGGUUGGAAAUCCUGUUGCCCCUCCUGUAAAUGGUGAUAUUUAUACAGAUAUAAGCACAGAAAAUGCAAUGCUCCAAGCUUCCCGAAGAUCUUGCAAAGGUGUUGAGUACUUAGUUGAGGCUGCAGCAGCAGAAGCUGAGGCUAUCACUGCUGCACUAGCAGCUGCCAAAGCUCGACAAGUUAACGGAGAAGUUGAGUUGCCUGAUAGAGAUCGUGGGGCUGAGGCUACCCCCAGUGGGAAGCAAAUAUCCUCUCUGAUCAAGCCUGAUUCUAUGUCAAAUGAUUCAGUCCCACCUGGAGUUAGGCUUCAUCAUCGAGCAGUGGUUGUAGCUGCGGAGACUGAUGGUGCUUUGGGUGGUAUGGUGAGACAGCUUUCAAUUGAUCAGUUUGAAAAUGAAGGCCGGCGUGUCAGCUAUGGAACUCCAGAAAGUGCAACAGCAGCUAGAAAACUUUUAGAUCGCCAAAUGUCAAUUAACAGUGUACCAAAGAAGGUGAUUGCUCAUCUUUUGAAACCUCGUGGUUGGAAACCUCCAGUUCGUAGACAAUUUUUCUUGGAUUGCAAUGAGAUUGCGGAUCUUUGUGAUAGCGCUGAAAGGAUAUUUGCAAGUGAACCUAGUGUACUGCAGCUGAAGGCCCCUAUUAAGAUUUUUGGUGAUUUGCAUGGUCAAUUUGGGGAUCUAAUGCGACUUUUCGAUGAGUAUGGAUCACCUUCGACUGCUGGAGACAUAGCAUAUAUUGAUUAUCUGUUUUUGGGAGAUUAUGUUGAUCGUGGCCAACAUAGCUUGGAAACUAUAACCCUUCUUCUUGCAAUGAAGGUUGAGCAUCCCCAUCAAAUUCAUUUAAUUCGUGGUAAUCAUGAAGCUGCAGAUAUUAAUGCACUAUUUGGCUUUAGGAUCGAGUGCAUUGAGCGUAUGGUAAAUCACAGCACUUUAUACUGUCUUCUUUACAUGGGAUUAACACAUAGGCCUUCUAAUGGUUUCCUGAACCAGGGUGAGAGAGAUGGAAUAUGGACAUGGCAUCGGAUAAACAGAUUGUUCAACUGGCUUCCUCUUGCUGCUCUAAUCGAGAAAAAGAUCAUUUGUAUGCAUGGUGGUAUUGGGAGAUCGAUAAACCAUAUAGAACAGAUUGAGAGUAUUCAACGCCCAAUUGCAAUGGAAGCGGGAUCUUUAGUUCUUAUGGACUUGUUAUGGUCUGAUCCUACUGAAAAUGACAGUGUAGAAGGACUGCGGCCAAAUGCUAGAGGUCCUGGGUUGGUAACCUUUGGGCCCGACCGUGUUAUGGAAUUUUGCAAUAACAAUGAUCUCCAGUUAAUUGUUCGAGCACAUGAGUGUGUGAUGGAUGGAUUUGAAAGAUUUGCUCAGGGGCACUUAAUCACACUUUUUUCAGCAACAAACUACUGUGGUACUGCAAAUAAUGCCGGUGCAAUUUUGGUUUUGGGUAGAGAUUUAGUGGUUGUACCCAAACUAAUUCAUCCCUUGCCGCCCGCAAUUUCAUCUCCUGAAACUUCUCCCGAACGCCAGAUAGAAGACACGUGGAUGCAGGAGCUGAAUGCUAACAGACCACCGACACCAACCAGAGGCCGCCCUCAAGUUGCUAAUGACCGAGGUUCUCUCGCUUGGAUUUAGGUUCCACUUGCAGAAUGUUUUCUAACUCUUCUUCUAAGCUGAUGCUAACACCUGGGAUUUCCAGUGGCUUGUACAUAGCAUGAUCCCACCGUGCUUCUGGAAUCUAUUCCGCGGACUACACACGAUGACUGGAGAAGUCAGGACUGCACUUGGCUGUGAUGCAGGCAAAUCGGGGCUCCAGAACGACCUGCUCUGGAAUGCAAGUUGAGCCGUGCUAUAGCUGCUGAGUCUCGUUAGCUUUAAGUUUUUGGUCCAUGUAGAUGUAUUAUUGGGUUUUUUUUACUCCAUGAUUGGUGAGGUAUGAUAUGUUUUCUCUAUGUGUAAUAGAGGGUGUUUGUGCUUGUGGAAUUCUUAUUUUUAUUCGAUACUGUGUAUCAUAUAAAAAAGUGUCCCCUUUUUGGUUGACAUUUUGUUUUCACACCUAUCUAAUGGAAAGGGGAAAUCGAGCUUCUUGUCGUUUCAA